AUGGAUCCCUACGACAGUGACUCCAGUAUUGACGAAGAUUUCACCGAUACUGGUGUCCUUCUUGGUUAUGCCGCUGAAGAAGUCAUCGAAGACACAGUCAGCCAUCUAGGCGGUUGGCCGAAAUGGCUCGCGGAUAAUACCCCUCCACCGGGUGAAUUUGCCAACUGCAAGGUCUGCAAUAGUCCUAUGCUGCUCCUACUUGAGUUGCACGGUGACUUGCCCGAUCAUUUCCCCACCGAUGAGCGCCGCCUAUACAUAUUCGGCUGUCCUAGAAAACCAUGCAACCGCAAACCAGGCAGUGUCCGAGCGUAUCGCGCAACUCGCAAGGUCAACUUGAACGCUACAAAGGAGUACGAAGAAGAAGGUACCAAGGAAAUUGAAAAGAAAGCGGCCGCACCAGCCCCACCCCCACCCCAGAAGCCCAAAGAUCUAGGAGCCAGCCUGUUCGGAGCAACCUCGUUGACAAGCAGCGUGUCUGCCAAUGCCAACCCUUUCUCCUCCAACCCGGGCUCGUCUGCUGGUUUUGUCAAUCCCUUUGCGAUGCCCAAGCCCUCCAUAAUUCUUGCUUCUGCUUCAGCUCCAACUCCCGCUCCAACCCCAGCCCAAUCUUCCACCAAUGCGCUCGCCGAAUCCUUCGCUGACAAGGUCCGGAUCUCGUCUCCAGAGCCAUCAGCUAGUAAUCCCACUAUCACUGCCUUCAAGCCCACCCCGGAAUCGCAAGGCGCCCUCGCCCCAUGGCCAGAACAGUCCGCCUUCCCGGCCCCAUACCAGAACUACUUCCUAGAUGCCGAAUACGAGACCCUCUCGCGGCCAUCAACGCCCACCGUCCCGGAUAACGUGCAAAUGGAACCAAUGGAGGAAGACGGUGGCGCCGGCGACGUUGAUCUGAAGGACACAUUCGAGUCCGAUCUCGACAAGGCAUUUAUGAAAUUCUCUACUCGCCUCUCUCACAAUCCUGAACAGGUCCUGCGCUAUGAGUACCGCGGUAGUCCACUGCUGUACUCGUACGCGGACGAGGUGGGCAAGCGCUUACAUCCUGAGCACUCGGCUGGACGGGUGGCUACCAUUGGAGGUGGACAUAUGCCGCGUUGUGAGUACUGCGGUGCACAGCGUGUCUUUGAGGUGCAGCUUGUGCCGCAUGCUAUCAGCAUUCUUGAGGAUGGACGCCCGGGUGUUGGACUCGGGAAAGAUGAUGCAGGCAUGGAGUGGGGGACGAUUGUUAUGGGUGUUUGUGCCAAGGAUUGUGCUCCCGAGGCUCUUUGGCAGACUGGCUGGAGAGAAGAGUGGGCUGGUGUGCAAUGGGAAGAGAUCAAAUAG